AAAUUAAUAGACUCAACAUUCAGGCUUUGUAGUUCUGUUUCUUGUUUAUGAGGUACUUUUUUUUUUCAUUAUUUUAAAUUAAACAAUAAUGAAUAGUUAACUAUUUAAACAAAACAAUUACAGUAGUCUGCUUAAAAGUACUCGUUAUUUUUCUGAUGGAUAUUUAACUCGCUAUUUACUUACAAUACCCUAUAAGGAUUUUCUCAUAAUUUUUCCUUCAACACAAACAUUUGUCAAAAAUAUACACGUAUAUUCACGAUAUUGAAUAUAAUUUGUAAAGAAAAGAUUUCAACAAUGACAACAACACUAAAACCUUACCUUUCAGUUGUAAAGCAUUCGUUGGAUGCUGCUAUCUGUAUAAGCCAGUUUUACUCGCAAGUAGUUGAACGUCACAGCAAACCAGAAAUAGAAAUGCAAACCAACAGGGAGUUAAUAUUGACUCCAAUGUUAAUCAGUCGUAAUGAGCGAGAACGUGUUUUUAUUGAAAGCUCUAUAAAUUCAAUACGGGUGAGUAUAGCAAUUAAACAAUGUGAUGAGAUUGAGCGAUUACUGUGUGAUAAAUUCACACGAUUCAUGAUGAAAAGAGCAGAAAAUUUUUUCAUUCUAAGACGGAAGCCAAUUGCUGGAUAUGACAUAACAUUCCUAAUCACUAACAUGCAUGUGGAACAAAUGUACAGAAAUAAACUUAUUGAUUUCAUUAUUCGAUUUAUGGAAGAAAUUGACAAAGAAAUCAGUGAAAUGAAGUUGGCAAUCAAUGCAAGAGCUAGAAUUUGUUCAGAAGAGUUUCUCAAACAUUUUUAAAAGAAAAUUGUAUAACUAUCCAGUAUGCAUUAUUUUUUAUUUUCUACUGUAAUCAUUUUUUAUAUUGUAAAAUGUUGUGCGAGUUUAUUUAAAGUUAUUAUUAGAUUAAAACACAGAAUAAAUUUAUUCUGUGAUUAAAAUCUUAAAUAUAGAUAAAUUAAUUUUCAUACAUGGUUAAUAGUUAAUACACUUAAUCGAAAAAAUACUAUUAAAUAUUGAUGGCAUUUAAUGCAUACAUUUUAA